AUGGUCUCCAAGAUUCUGGAGAAGAAGCCGCCUUUGACAGGGGCGGCCCUGCCACCAGGCGAGUUGCCCUUCGACAUCUCCAAGCACCCUUCAUGUCGACAUGCGGAGAAGUCGCUCAGCCGUUGGUCUGAGGAUAUGGCAUUCUUCCGUGAACGAGCAGCCGGAACCACGCAGUACAUGCUGAAACUUAAGGCUGGAGGAGAGUGGCCAGCCCUGGAUGCCUUGUCGGGUCUGCAUGACCAGAUUAGCCAACUCAAGGACUGGCUCGGAGCGUCGGAGCUGGGACCAUCCAUCGACCAUGGACUGGGCUUCCCUUGA